AGGAGGAAGAGAUCGAAUCGAUGAAAACACAAAUCAAAGAGUUGCAGAAACAAAACAAAAGAGAAAUAGUCAUGGGACUUUGCAAACAACGAAGUGGAAUGGGCAAAGCAAUGGUAGACAUGAUCACCAAGGAGUUAAAGAGACGGGUCGGGGGACUGCUUGGGCACAACAUUGAGCUCACCUUACGACAGUGUACGGGCACCUCUGAUAUCCCUAACGGGCCCCUGGUUGUGUUAUGUCUGAACAUGUCAAGGAUAGGUACUAACAUACAGGAUGCCCUGGGAGGAAUUCAGACCGACAAAAACGUCUAUGUCUUGGUUCUCCAUCACACUAACAAGGAAAACUUAUCUUCUCUGACUCCCACAAGUCUCCGCGUGACCGGAAGUGAGUUACGACAACUUGGCGGUAUUAUUGACAUGGCGUUUAGUAGUGACAGUGGUCUGUACGAGUGUGACCUCAAUGAUAACGCUAUCGACAAAAUGACGUCAAUUAUGAGAAAAUAUUAGACGAAGAUGGAACAUCAGGCCCCAGUUGUUCAAAAGGUGACUAGCUUAAUCACUUGAUUAGUGAACAUUUCAUUUCUCAUUCGUUGAAAAACUCGUGAGUAUAUCAUCUUGAAAUUAUACCAGCUGGAAGAGAAUUUAGAAUAACAGUAUUUCAUAAAGUUUUGUCAUAUAAGUUCUACCAGAAAUCAUCAUAUCAUGAUUUGAAAAAUGUUGUUAAAAUGUGAUAAGCCUAAUCAUCUUUUGAACAACUGGGCCCGGUGUCAGAAUGGCUAAUUGCUGUUAGAUUAUAUAUUUUGAGAUACAUGGAAGAUGUCAUGCAUUGGGUGAAGUCUGUAUAUCUAGUGUAUUGCUAUGUUGUAUUUAAGAUUACUUUUAUUUAUAAUAUUGUAUGUUCAUACAUAUUGUUGGUAACGUUAAGCUUUACUACUUUGCAUUUACUGCUGCUUGCCCUUGAGAAUAUAUACAUGGUUGUUAUGUUUGUUACAUGGUUACUUAUAUUUAUUGUAUUAUAAAUGUGAUACUCUGUGAUAUAGGACUGCCCGUAUAAACAUAUAAUUUUAACGCGAUGUCCUUGCCAUAAAAAACGGUGUUCUGUGAUAGCUUAGUCACAUUAUAACUGUCUAUUACGUAAACUGGGAUUGUUUUAUGUUAUGAGUCACUUCAGGACUCUAUAUAUAUUAUCAGUAUUCCCUGUCUUAUCAGCAUUUCUUGUAUUAGUCACUUCCGAAAUAUUCAUUGUGUAAUCUGGGUUGUUUUAAUAUUAUCAGACAAUUCGACACAGCACAUUGCAUGUUUACGUGUAUCCGUCACUUCAUUGUUCCGUGUUAUGUUUUAUGUCAAUUCCUGGCUCUGUACCGUAUCAUCUGUCACUUCCUGGCCCUGUACCGUAUUAUGUCACUUCCUGGCUCUGUACCGUAUCAUCUGUCAUUUCUCGACUGUGAAGUGUACUUUCAGUUAAUUCGUGAUUUGGUAUUACGUUAUGUGUCAUUUGCUGAGCAUGAAUUUUGUAUCGGUUAUUUCCUGACUCUGUUUAUAUAUAGAAAAUAUAGGAUGCAUUUUUAUUUCGUAUACUUUUUUACGAAAUAAGUCUUAGAAGUUUAAUUUGUGCAAGCCUUAGCGAAAUUUCAUUAAAUCUCCUACGAAAUAAAACACAUUUGACAUACGUUUUAUCACGUCAGUCAGAAAACUUUGAAUAUUUUGAUAUUUUUUUAGGUCAAAUAUCAAGGGUUUAAUCAAGCGGCCAUUUUACACUAUUCACAGUUAUGAUGUCACCUCAAUGUCUAUAUUAUGACAUAACAAUCGAUUUUAGAAUAGUGCAUCCUAUGGAAGAAAUUCCGGGAUAUAUAACACUAGUGGCAUAUGCACUAAUCUUACAUGUACAUUUGAGAAUGCAGUUGAGAUAAAAGGCCGAUAUUGUGACAAUAUGUUCCUGACACAGUAAUCUGUUAUCAAUGACUUCCUGUGUGUGUAUUCUGUCAUCAAUGACCUCAUGAUGGUGUGUAAUGUUAUCAGUCACUUUUGAUUGCAUAUCCUGCUAUCAGUGACCUCUUGACUAUAAAUUUUGCUAUCAGUGACAUCUUGACUAUAUAUUCUGCUAUCAGUGACCUCUGGACUGCAUAUUCUGCUAUCAGUGACAUCUUGACUCUAUAUUUUGCUAUCAGUGACCUCUUGACUGCAUAUUCUGCUAUCAGUGUCCUCUGGACUAUAAAUUCUGCUAUCAGUGACCUCUUGACUGCAUAUCCUGCUAUCAGUGACAUCUUGACUAUACAUGUAUAUUCUGUUAUCAGUGUCCUCUGGACUGCAUAUUUUGCUAUCAGUGACAUCUUUAAUGUAUAUUUUGCUAUCAGUGUCAUCUUGACUAUAAAUUGUGUUAUCAGUGUCCUCUGGACUGCAUAUUCUGCUAUCAGUGACCUCUUUAAUGUAUAUUUUGCUAUCAGUGACAUCUUUAAUGUAUAUUUUGCUAUCAGUGACAUCUUGACUAUAAAUUGUGUUAUCAGUGUCCUCUGGACUGCAUAUUCUGCUAUCAGUGACCUCUUGGUCUGUGUUAUGUUUUCAGUGGCCUCCUGACUGUGGGCUGUGUUAUCAGUCAUUUUUUGUGCAUUAUGCUUUGAAUAUCCCUUUGUCUCUAUUACAUAUGUUAACUACUUCUUGACCUUGCAUUCCUAGACUUCCUGUUUCUAAUUUUGUUAUCAGUCACUUCCCGACUCUGUAUUCUGAUAUCAAAUACAUCCUGACUCUAUAUUUUUAUGAGCGACUUCAUUUCAUUUCAACAAAUUUUAUUGAUAUAAACAUAUCAGUUGUAUUAGACAACAGGUUGGAAACCUAUAUAAGUUUUCUGUUAUCAGUCACUUUCUAAGUGUGUAUCAUGCUAUCAGUGACUUCCUGGCUGUGUAUCCUGUUAUUGGUUUCUUUUUGACUGUGUAUUCUGUCAUCAGUCACUUUCUAAGUGUGUAUCAUGCUAUCAGUGACUUCCUGGCUGUGUAUCCUAUUAUUGGUUUCUUUUUGACUGUGUAUUCUGUCAUCAGUCACUUUCUAAGUGUGUAUCAUGCUAUCAGUGACUUCCUGGCUCUGUAUGCUGUUAUUGGUUUCUUUUUGACUGAGUAUUCUGUCAUCAGUCACUUUCUAAGUGUGUAUCAUGCUGUCAGUGACUUCCUGGCUGUGUAUCCUGUUAUUGGUUUCUUUUUGACUGUAUGCUGUCAUCAGUCGCUUUCUGAGUGUGUGUGUUUACUUUACUUCUUGUCUGUCUAUUAUGUCAUUAUGGCCUUCACUGCUUUACGCUAAUCUUAACGCGGUCAGAGUUUUCUAAGAAGAAGAAGGAGGGAGAGACUUUAAUAUAUGGUUUUUAUGACUGAAGUAAAAAUACGUUAGGAUUUCCCGUUUAUCAUGUACAUGACGUCAGUGAUCUUAAACCAAAGAACAGCCGAAUGUUUCCAGAAGAUAUAUUAUAGUUCCUCAUAUCAUGGUAGACGACACGCUCAUAAAAUGGUUUUCACACAACUGAAGCUCAUUACACUGUAUAUAUUUCACUAACGUUUGCAGAUACCAGAAAAUUGUUAACAAUUGCAUGUAUUGAAAGUAAAUUAGUUUUUUCUUCGCAUUGAAAUACAGUUACCAUUUAGAAAUGAUGCGACGUAUAAAAACUGAUUAGACUCGAUUGUUUCAAGGAAACGCCUAUGUUUCUAUUGAAUGGAUUAACGUUAUUUUCAGAAGAAUAUCAGCUGUUGAGUUCUAAAUUAUUUCGUUUUGACAGUAGGUGGCAACGAUUUAUUGAUAUAUAUCGUUUGAAACAGAUACCAUGUCUAAUCGGUCAGAUCAGUCUGGCUAGCGGACGAUGUUCGAUGUGUAAAUUCUACACCCUCGGGUAAAUUUUACCUAUACCACAUACCUACAUAUGAUGGACACUUUUAAUCAUUUUAUCUUUAUGGUCAAUGAUCACAAUAAGAGAUUCCCAACAAGGGGUGCUCAACAUGGAAUAAAUGUGUCUUACAUAUGCAAAGGUGUGAGAAAAUCUUAUUUUUUAAUUAUCAUAUCAUCACUUAUCCAUUUUUAUUGUAUUUUUUAAUUAUUGUCUCACGACUCAUCUAAAUACUUUAAUAGUCUAUGAAUAGCACUUUCGAACAUCUUGCCAAUUCGGUCUCACCCUUGACCAUCCCUAAAAAUUAAUUGAGUUAGGCUAUUUUCAUUGAAAAUUUGCUUUGUUCACUAAUACAUUGUAAAUCUUUAAUGUUCCCAGUUAGAGUUUGUGAUGUACUUAUCAUAAUUCAACAAUUCAAAAGAAUGUGCAUAGUUUUUUUCGGAUGGCAUUGUAUAUAUUCAGAGCUAAAUAUACCGGUACAUAUUCACUGUGUACUCGUUGAAUGAUUGGACUCACAGUUGUUUUUAAUGCUUAAAUUUUACAUUGUAGGGCUUAUUGUUUUUUUAGCAAUAAGUUGAAAUUGUAGAUCGGUCACUAUAUAUAUAUUUAUGAUAAAUAUUUAACAUUUAUUAGAGUUUUAUACCAAGAAAAUCAAUAUUCUGAAAUCUUGAUAUCCAAGAUGUGAUUUUUGUUCAUAUAGUAUUAGCUUGAACCGGGGAUUGUAUAUUUCAUUGAUAUGGAUUUGUAAUCUUGUCAGAAGCAAUUGUUUUGUCAAGUUUUUAUUGUUAUUAUAGCGUAUGAAAAUAAAUAAAUUAAUGGGAAAAGUG